AUGUACGCUUGGUACCAAAAUAGAUGUAAUGAGUGUCUUCUUAACGAAACAGUGGAAAACGGUAUUCGACCUAGAGUGGCAAUUUCAAGUGACAAUGAAUGUAGAACUGGGAAAAUGACGCUGACAAGGAUUGCGUCGAAUGAAGUUGGGCACAGAGUCAUAUACAUUGAUGUUCCUGCGAAUAUCAAUAAAUUAGGUGAAGCUUUCGGAAAAGCCAUUAAUUUUACAUUUGAGGAAAGUAUUUCUUUUACGGGACAGCUGAUGCGAAAAAUAUUAGGUGAAACUAAUACUAAUGAUAAACUUAAGAUUCCUGAAUGGGAGAGAGCUAUGGACGCUUUUAAACAUGCCUCAGCAGUGUACAAAGCAAAGCAUAAUAAACCACCGGUUAUCGUUUACGAUAAUAUUAGCCAAUUAGUUCACACAAAUCUGGAAAUCCUCAACAUCCUUCAAGAUGAUGCCAAGAAUAAUGCCGAUGACAGAAAAUACAUCGCCGUGUUUGUCAGCAGUGAAGGGAAUGUCCUAAGAAGAAUGCAGUCACGACAUAGUUCUUGGUCACGUGCAUAUACACCAAUCGAAAUUGGUGACCUCUCCAGA